UCGAAAUACAUAGACAUAGGGCAACAUUCUGUCACAUAUGACCACUAUUCUUUUUUUGUAACUAACCGUUGUGAAACAUGAAGACACAUUGGAAUAAUGGUAUGGACUAUGGCUUCCGAGAGAUAAGAGUACUGAUGUGCAUGUUCGGAAUGUGGCCUUUGCAGCAAAAUAAUUUGGUCUGCACAUUUCGCUGGAUUUUGACAUUUAUUAUAGAGUCUUUCACAGUGACGAGUGUGAUGAUAGAUUAUUUUAAAAACUGCGAUGAUAUUAAGGACAGUCUGGAGCUUUUUCUUAUAAUAGAGGCUUCCUCUCAUGCGUUGAUAAAUAUUAUUUUGGCGCGUAUUUAUAAAAAAAGAAUUGCCAUCAACGUAAGUUCGGCAAUUGACGAUUGGUCUUUGUCCAUGAAGAAACAAUCUUAUGUAACAAUGAUGGAAUACGCACGAUUAGGCCGAAUAAUUAUUUUGUCUCAAUUGAUGAUUGGCAUUAUAUGCUCUUUCUUAUAUUUCCCUAUUGCCUUUAUCAGAAGUAAACAACAGGUUGCAACUAUCGGAAAUAAAACUCUAUCUUUAUGGAUUUUUGUCUUUCCGACAUCAUGUUUAUUUAAAGAUAUUUCGUACUCCACAUAUAAGACAAUUUUUGUCAUGCAAAUAUUACAGGGAUUCAUAAUGUAUGUAUCAGAGUGCAUAGGCGAUAGUUUUUUUUUCGCUAUUACUAUGCAUCUCUGCGGGCAACUAGAACUCCUAAGGAUUAGUUUCGUUGAAGUUGGAAGAAAAAUCACUGGGAGAAUUCAUUAUCGAAAUUUUUUGGGGCAAUGGAUCAGGAGACAUUAUGAACUGAUAAUACUGGCUAAAAAUAUUGAAGAUGUCUUUAAUCUGAAUUUAUUAAUUCGUUUGUCAAUAAUUACCGUAUUCAUUGCCAUAUCAGGAAUGCGUAUCAUUGUAUCUGUUAAGCAUCAGGAUUACACUGAUGUUAUGAAAAGUCUUUUGUUUGUCCAAUAUUAUAUCAUACAAUCCUUUUUGUUCACGCACACUAGCGAUGUUUUGCGAAAUAAAAGCGAAUCGAUAAUUUCGACGAUAUACGACUCAACGUGGUAUGAAUUUUCAUCCACCGCAAUGAAAGAUUUGAUACUCAUUAUGAUGAGAACGAAUAUCCCUCUGCAGCUCAGUGCUGGAAAAUUCUUUUAUAUCACGCGGAGCACGGUAACAGACAUUUUGAAAACUGCUUUGACAUAUAUAUCGUUUUUACAAGCGACGAUGGAGGAAUAAUUAUUUACUUAUCACAUUAUUGCAUGUAGAUAAAUUGUAG